AUGCUUGUUGCUCCGCCAUCUAUUCAGCAAGAUUCUUUCUCAUCCUCCGCCAUCUAUUCAAUGAGAAAGAAUUCUCCUCCUCCGGCAUCUAUAAACACGAUCCUUCCCUCCUCCUCCUCCUUAAUCUAUUCGCACGAUUCUUUCUCCUACCUUGAUGUCCAUCUAUUCUCUCUGAAAGAAGUAACUCUCCGGCAUUUAAAAUCUUAUUGCAUUCUAUCUUCUUGUCCAUCUAUUCUCACGAUUCUUUAUCCUCCUCCGGCAUCUAUUCUAAAUAUUUUUUUAUCCUAUAUCUCCGCCAUCUAUUCACACAUUCUAACACUCCUCCUCCGACUCAUCUAUUCAAAUGAUUCUGUUAAUCCUCCGUCAUCUAUUCACGAUUCUUACCUACUUUAUUCUGUUGGUAAAAUGUAUUCUUGCACCUCCUCCACCAUCUAUUCACACGAUUCCUUUUCCAAAAUCCUCCACCAUCUCCACCAGUGGGGUAUUCUCCUCCUCCUCCAUUGGUCUAUCAAUAUAUGUUCUCCUCCUCCGGCAUCUAUAAACAAUUCUUUCUCCUCCUCCUCCCUCCAUCUAUUCGCACGAUUUUUUUUCCUAGAUUUACCUCCAUCUAUUCUCACGAUUCUUUCUCCUCCUCGGUGGUUAUUCACACGAUUCUUUCUCCUACUUCUCCGCCAUCUAUUCAUCAUGAUUCUUUUGUCCUCCUCCGCCAUCUAUUCACACGAUUCUUUCAUCCUCCGUCAUCUAUUCACACGAUUCUGUCAACUAUCACACUAUUCAAACAAUUCUGGCACCUCCUCCACCAUCUAUUCACACGAUUCAAAUUCCUCCUCCUCCACCAUCUAUAAACACGAUUCUUUUUCCUCCUCCAUAUCUAUUCACACGAUUCUUUCCCCAUCUCCGCGCCAUCUAUUCAAACGAUUCUUAUAUCUAUCUAUCUUUCGGCAGAUUCAUAUUCAUCUAUCUAUCUUGAAAAGCAUAUAUUCUAAACAUCUAUAUAGAUUCAUUGACUUUUCUUUAUCUAUCUAUCAAACUGCUCAAUAA